AUGUCUACUCGAUCAAGCGCGACAUCGUUCAACGGUACAAAUGCACACUCCACACCGAUGAGCAGGAUGACAAGCACUCAGCCACCGGCAUCACGAACGACAAGCGUCUCUUCCAUGCCACCUAAACUCAUCGAUUUUUACCAGGCUGGAGUAUCGAUUCCCCCUGCCAUUUUAACGAACAACUCAGCUGGAGAUGUUAUCGUCACGCUCUCACAUGACUUCGCCAAUAACAUUGCGGAUCUUCUCUCCCUAGUAACCUGUCCCGUUUACGACCCUAGACCCUCGGAGCCAAUAAUCGAGAAACGCCAAACUUUCGCAAGAAACCCAUGCGCAGUCGCAAGAUCGAAAAGUGCCAUCAAAUCCAUCAGCGGCGGAACCUCACUGUUCAGAGCCCUUUUCCACCUGCCGAGAGCAUUCCCCACCCUGGUGAGCCCACUUGAAGCUGAUGUGCAGGACAUCUCCUCGUAUGUGAAGUUAAACCUGCCGUCGUGGUCGUUGGCCCCCGAACCGGCAAUCGAUGCUACGGCGGAACUUUUCUAUUUCCUGACGUUGAAGCAUGAAAUGGACAUUGGCGGAUCCAUAAUUGUCAACACGAUCCUGCUUGAAGCGGUUUGCUUUAGGUCUCUUCAGUAG